GUCGCCCUCGGAGUGGAAGCAGCUGGAGCUCGACAGUGCGUGCUUGAGGGCGGCACUGACACUGGCGCUGUGUGCGGCGUCCUCGGGCCUGGCGGCUUUGCUCAUUUUAAACCCACCUGCUCCGCAAGCCAACCUGCCCUGCAUAUGGAAGGUCCCCGAGGUCAGGUUCCUGUGCUCCCUGCAAGCUACGCCUCCGACCGCCACGUCGAGAUGUGUGCCCAUGGGGGACCGUCAGUGCCUGUGCAUGAAUGCCAUGCCGAUCCUGGCCCCUCCUGACAGCAGCCAGGUGGAAUUCUACGCAGCUGCUGUUAUCACGCAGGCAGCCUCACAACGCUGUGCCCCCACGCCUCCUGGGGAUGCAUGGCUGGAGGCGUCAGUUGCCCAUCUAUAUGCCCCGCUCGAUUUGUAUUGCGAGUCGGGUUGAUG